CCGAACACCCGCGUCUUCUCCAACCCAACCCACAUUCUCUCUCUUUCUCUUUCUCUUUCUCUUUCUCUUUCUCUCUCUAACAUUCCCAAUCAAAUCACAUUAACAGCAAACUUAACCAAACCUUCAUAUCCUCUUUCUCUCUUUCUGCCAUUGUCGCAUUUCUUCUAAAUCUCUCCUUCUUUCUUCCUCUUCUCUUCUGUUCAUCACUUUCUCUCUGUACUUUUCAUUACUAUUUCAUCCUUAAUCUCUUAAAUCUCACUUUUUUUAAUGCUACUUUCACUCCCUUCGAUCUGGUUAUGAAAGGGAGAUUUUGACAGAUGUUGACUUAGCUUAAAAUGAGCCAGACAGAAAUUACUAGUGCAAAACCUGAUCUUGUUCCUCUUGGGACGCUGAUCGGUCGGGAACUUAGGUCUGACAACGUCGAGGAACCGGUAAUUAGGUAUGGACAAGCAGCCUUAGCCAAGAAAGGGGAGGAUUAUUUUCUAAUUAAGCCUGAUUGUCAAAGAAUUCCUGGGAAUUCUUCUACUUCCUUUUCAGUUUUUGCGAUAUUUGAUGGUCAUAAUGGCAUAUCAGCUGCUAUAUUUGCCAAGGAGAAUUUGCUGAAUAACGUAUUGAGUGCGGUUCCUGAAGGUGCUAGUAGGGAAGAGUGGCUUCAGGCGCUUCCUCGAGCGUUGGUUGCUGGGUUUGUUAAAACUGACAUUGAGUUUCAGCAAAAAGGUGAAACAUCAGGGACAACUGUUACUUUUGUUGUUAUAGAUGGGUGGACUGUGACUGUUGCAUCAGUUGGGGAUUCAAGAUGUAUAUUGGACACACAAGGCGGUGUUGUUUCUCUCUUGACAGUGGAUCACCGCUUGGAAGAGAAUGAGGAAGAAAGGGAACGUGUCACAGCUAGUGGGGGUGAGGUCGGAAGGCUCAAUGUUUUUGGGGGCAACGAGGUUGGUCCCCUCCGAUGUUGGCCAGGAGGGUUGUGCCUUUCUAGGUCUAUUGGUGAUUCGGAUGUAGGAGAGUUUAUUGUCCCUGUACCACAUGUCAAACAAGUGAAACUCUCUGAUGCUGGGGGAAGACUGAUAAUUGCUUCUGAUGGUAUUUGGGAUGCUUUAUCAUCUGAUGCUGCUGCAAAAGCUUGUCGAGGCCUUCCAGCUGAUCUUGCUGCGAAGCUGGUUGUUAAGGAAGCCUUAAGGUCAAGGGGUCUGAAGGAUGAUACAACCUGCUUAGUUGUUGACAUAAUUCCCUCUGUGCACCCCGUCUUACCUCCAAUACAACAAAAGAAACACCAUGGACUGGGUGGACUACUAUUUGGAAAGAAAUCUCGUAUUUUAGCUAGCAAAUCAUCGAAGCUGUCUGCAGUUGGAGCCGUGGAGGAGUUGUUUGAAGAGGGUUCUGCUAUUCUUGCAGAAAGGCUUGGGAAGGAUUUUCCGAUGAACCCUGAUUCUGGGCUAUUCAGAUGUGCGAUCUGCCAGGUGGAUCAACCAGCAAAUGAAGGUCUAUCCCUCAAUUCUGGCACAUUUUUUUCUCCGUCGUCAAAGCCCUGGGAAGGACCCUUCCUCUGUGCCAAUUGCCGAAGGAAGAAAGAUGCCAUGGAAGGAAAGAGGCCGAUGAAACCCACAAUUUCGAUCUGACAAUUUAUCCGGUGAUAUAAUCAAAUUGUCUAUAUAUUCUUUUUUUUUUUUGUCUGGGAAGUGUGAGCAUGUUAUCAUCUCUGAAAUGUGUGUGUAGAUGUGUGUAAGAAGUGAGGUAGAGAACGAAAUUUCAGUAGUUGAUAUUUCAGCGGAGUUAAUUUUAGCAGCUCGUAUGGUUAUGAAUUUCUGCUCGGGUUUUGGACAUAACUGACGAAGUUACUCUACCGUUGUGUGAUCAUGUAUGCACUUAGAUCAGUUGCUAACAGCUUUCUUAUGUAAGUAAUUGGUGAAUGGUAGUGAUUUGCUCUAUGGUAAGUUCCAUGUUCUGUAGCUUGAUAUUACUAGUGAACAAGUAUGUCAAUUCUUUUAUGAAAUUUAUUGAUCCCGGUCCAACUUGACCGUGACCGGGUUUUCUAUCUA